AUAUUCGUGCGAAGGCGCAAAUUUUGGAAAAACAAACAUGGCGAACGAGUGAAAAAUCUUCUGUUUGUGAGUGAAAAUUAGGAAAUUUUGCCUGAAAACCCGUAGGAAAAUGAAUCAAAAGUGGUGCAAACGCUUGACCAGUGUGCGAUUCACGUCGAUAAGUAUAAUUUUGUCGUUGUUUUGCUUGAUUCAAGCGACAAAUGCUCAACUCCACAAGAAUCUAAAACACUACGAAACGCUUCAUGCGGACGAUCUUACGCAUCGGAUCACGAAACGGGGCGCCAAGCAUAGCAGCCAUCCGUUCAAUACAAUCAAGGAGGUCGAGUUCAAGGUGCUGGGACGGAACUUCCGACUAAUUCUGCACCCGCACAAAGAAGUCCUGCACAGCAACUUUCGCGCCUAUUCCGUCGAUGGAAGCGGAACGGAAUCGAUCGUUCAUCUGGAUCAUGACAACUUUUUCAAGGGACGAGUUUUCGGGGAGUCCGAUUCGCACGUGAAUGCCCACCUGGAAAAUGGCAUUCUGACGGCUUCGGUGGUGCUUCCGGGCGAAACGUAUCACAUCGAGCCAUCGUGGAGACAUCUGGGCCACCUGUCGGAUAAGCACAUGAUUGCCUACAAGCAGUCGGACAUCAAAUUCAGCUGGGAAGAUGUGGAUGCGAUUGGUGGAGAAAUGGGAGGUGUGCCGAAGACUUGCGGCUACAUUAAGGAAGGAGCUGAGCUGGAAGGAAGUGGGGAUGAAGAGGAUCAACUGGGGUUUGAUAUGCCCUCGGUUUGGACGGCAGAAGCCGAGGGCGAUGCGGAGCGGGUGAAGAAGACACGUACAAAACGACAGGCCGACCAGUAUGAAUACACGCCCACGAAGACCAGAUGUCCUUUGCUUCUGGUGGCGGACUACCGAUUCUUCCAGGAGAUGGGAGGCAGCAACACCAAAACGACCAUCAAUUACUUGAUAAGUCUCAUCGAUCGUGUGCACAAAAUUUACAACGACACCAUUUGGCAGGAUCGCCAGGACCAGGAAGGAUUCAAAGGGAUGGGCUUCGUGAUCAAGAAGAUAGUGGUCCAUUCGGAGCCUACGAGGGUUCGGGGAGGCGAAGCGCACUACAAUAUGGUUCGUGAAAAGUGGGACGUGCGAAAUCUGUUGGAGGUCUUUUCUCGUGAAUACAGUCACAAAGAUUUUUGCCUUGCCCACCUGUUCACGGAUCUUAAGUUCGAAGGCGGUAUUCUAGGUCUAGCUUACGUUGGAUCACCCCGACGGAAUUCCGUCGGCGGUAUAUGUACUCCAGAAUACUUCAAAAACGGAUACACACUCUAUCUGAACUCGGGUCUGAGCAGUUCCCGGAACCACUACGGACAACGAGUCAUCACGCGCGAAGCAGAUCUCGUCACCGCUCACGAAUUCGGGCACAACUGGGGCUCGGAGCAUGAUCCGGACAUUCCCGAAUGCUCGCCAAGUGCAUCCCAAGGUGGCAGUUUCCUGAUGUACACCUACUCGGUCAGCGGGUACGACGUGAACAAUAAAAAAUUCUCGCCCUGCUCUUUACGGUCGAUUCGGAAGGUACUGCAGGCAAAAUCCGGACGGUGCUUCUCCGAACCCGAGGAAUCGUUUUGUGGAAAUUUGCGCGUGGAAGGGGAUGAGCAGUGCGAUGCGGGCUUGCUGGGUACGGAGGACAAUGACGGGUGCUGCGACAAGAACUGCAAGCUUAGACGAAGCCAAGGAGCAGUUUGUAGCGAUAAGAACUCUCCAUGCUGCCAGAAUUGCCAGUAUAUGAUGUCUGGAGUAAAGUGUCGCGAAGCUCAGUACGCCACGUGCGAACAGGAAGCCAGAUGCACCGGAAAUCACGCCGACUGUCCGAAGAGUCCUCCGAUGGGUGAUGGUACCAUGUGCCAGGAGAGGGGACAAUGUCGCAAUGGAAAGUGUGUGCCGUACUGCGAAACCCAGGGACUACAGAGCUGCAUGUGUGAUACGAUGGCCGAUGCUUGCAAGCGAUGCUGUCGGCAAAGCAUUAAUGAAACGUGCUUCCCGGUGGAACCACCGGAUGUGCUGCCGGAUGGAACGCCCUGCAUCCAGGGCUUCUGCAACAAGGGUAUGUGCGAGAAGACGAUCCAGGACGUUGUGGAACGCUUCUGGGACAUCAUCGAGGAGAUCAACAUCAACAAGGUGUUGCGGUUCCUGCGGGAUAACAUAGUCAUGGCCGUUGUAAUGUUAACAGCGCUCUUUUGGAUUCCGGUCAGCUGCAUCAUAUCGUACUUCGAUCGAAAAAAGCGCAAAGAAGAUUGGAAGGAGUAUGAGUGGAGUCAGAAGUUGGACUUGAUACAUCCCAGCGAUCGCAGACGGGUGAUUCACAUUAGAGUCCCAAGACAGAAAAUUACCGUCGCUCGUAUGUAAGUAUCAAAAAAUCUUAUAAUUGUUCUCCCACGCCCCAUACAAGUCCCUUAAAUUUAAGCUUUCGAAUCGAGUAAAAAACGAACGUUCAGUGGUCAAUCGAA